AUGGUUUAUAAUUCAUCGAAAGUCAAACGUUCAUCAAAAUCUAAUCUAAACAAACAUCGUCGAAUUAAUAAAGAAGAAAAAGAACGUACAUAUCAACAAUUAUUGCCUCCAUAUCAACCGAUACAUUGUUAUUCUAUAUUUUUCAUUAACCAUUCAGCUACACCUGAUGAACUUACUUAUUUAAUUGAUAUGGCGGAACGAACACUAAAUUUCAUUAUUCAUAUGAUAUUUGCAAAACACGAAGCACCACGUUUUUCGAUUACCGAUGAUGAAAAGCUUGGUUCUUCGAUAAUAGGUCAUGAUCCAGAUGAUCGUCAUCCAUCAACAUUGGAUUCUAUGCCGGUACAAUUUCAACAAUAUUCCAGCGUCUUAGAUAUUAAUAUUGCAGAAGCUUUGACUACAUGUCAUAAAUAG